AUGGCAGUCCAGGCGGCGCUCCUCAGCACGCACCCCUUCGUCCCCUUCGGCUUCGGGGGCUCCCCUGACGGGCUGGGAGGCGCCUUCGGAGCCCUGGACAAGGGUUGCUGUUUCGAGGACGAGGAGACCGGGACACCGGCGGGCGCGCUGCUGGCGGGCGCCGAGGGCGGGGACGUGCGUGAGGCCACCCGCGACCUGCUCAGCUUCAUCGACUCGGCGUCCAGCAACAUCAAGCUGGCGUUGGACAAGCCCGGCAAGUCGAAGCGGAAGGUGAACCACCGCAAGUACCUGCAGAAGCAGAUCAAGCGCUGCAGCGGCCUCAUGGGCGCCGCGCCCCCGGGUCCGCCCUCCCCGGGCGCCGCCGACACGCCCGCCAAGCGGCCGCUCGCCGUCGCCAGCGCCCAGACGGUCCCGGUCCAUGCCCACGGCAAGGCGGCCCCCCGGCGGGAGGCGUCGCAGGCCGCGGCGGCCGCCAGCCUGCAAAGCCAGAGCCUGGCCGCUCUCUUCGACUCGCUGAGCCACGUCCCUGGGGCCGCAGAUCCUGCCGGGGCUGCGGAGGCGGCGCCCGCGGCCGGGCUCGUGGGAGCGGGCGCUGGGGGCGUGGGAGGGGACGCGGCCGGCCCCGCAGGGGGUCCGGCCGGCCCCGGCGCCAGGAAGGUCCCGCUGCGGGCCCGCAACCUGCCCCCGUCCUUCUUCACCGAGCCGUCCCGGGCGGGCGGCGGCGGGUGCGGCCCGUCGGGGCCCGGCGUGAGCUUGGGCGACCUGGAGAAGGGCGCCGAGGCCGCGGAGUUCUUCGAGCUGCUGGGGCCCGACUACGGCGCCGGCACCGAGGCGGGCGUCUUGCUCGCCGCGGAGCCUCUCGAUGUGCUCCUCACCGGAGCCGCCGUCCUAAGGGGACCCCCGGAGCUGGAGCCCGGCCUCUUUGAGCCGCCACCCGCGAUGGGGGGGAGCCUACUGUACCCCGAGCCCUGGAGCGCCCCGGGCGGCCCCACAACCAAGAAGUCACCCCUGGCUGCCCCCCGCGGUGGCUUGACCUUGAACGAGCCCUUGCGCCCCCUGUACCCAGCCGCCGCGGACUCUCCGGGCGGGGACGACGGGCCCGGCCUUUUGGCCUCUUUCACCCCCUUCUUCUCAGACUGCACUCUGCCCCCGCCGCCCCCGCCCCCGCAGGUGUCCUACGACUACAGCGCGGGCUACAGCCGCACGGCGUACGCCAGCCUUUGGAGACCGGACGGGAUUUGGGAAGGGGCGCCCGGGGAGGAGGGGGCGCACCGGGACUGA